AGCUCCGGAGCCCAGACGGUGACAAGAUGGCGGCGCUGCGGGCCAUUCGAGGGAUGGUGAACGGGGCUGUGACCGAGCUGAGCGGCGGAGGAGGCGGCGGAGGGGCGCCCAGGGAGCAGGCGGCCGCCGUCACCCGGGACUACCUCUCCCAGCCUCGCCUCACAUAUAAAACGGUAUCUGGAGUCAAUGGUCCACUAGUAAUCUUGGAUCAAGUGAAGUUUCCUAGGUAUGCAGAGAUCGUGCAUUUGACGCUACCAGAUGGAACAAAGAGAAGCGGGCAGGUGCUAGAAGUCAGUGGAUCCAAAGCUGUAGUUCAGGUUUUUGAGGGAACUUCAGGAAUAGAUGCUAAGAGAACAUCUUGUGAAUUUACUGGGGAUAUCCUCCGAACCCCAGUAUCUGAAGAUAUGCUUGGGCGUGUGUUUAAUGGGUCAGGAAAACCUAUCGACAGAGGCCCUAUGGUCUUGGCUGAAGACUACCUUGAUAUCAUGGGUCAACCAAUCAAUCCCCAGUGUCGAAUCUACCCAGAAGAGAUGAUCCAAACUGGCAUUUCUGCUAUAGAUGGUAUGAACAGUAUUGCCAGAGGACAGAAAAUUCCUAUUUUCUCUGCUGCUGGGUUGCCCCAUAAUGAGAUAGCAGCUCAGAUUUGUCGCCAGGCAGGGUUGGUGAAGAAAUCUAAAGAUGUGAUGGACUAUAGUGAAGAGAACUUUGCUAUUGUGUUUGCUGCUAUGGGGGUGAACAUGGAAACAGCUCGGUUCUUCAAAUCUGACUUUGAGGAAAAUGGGUCCAUGGACAAUGUAUGUCUGUUCCUGAAUUUGGCCAAUGAUCCAACCAUUGAGCGCAUAAUCACACCUCGUCUUGCUCUGACCACAGCAGAAUUCUUGGCUUAUCAAUGUGAGAAGCACGUAUUGGUCAUUUUGACAGAUAUGAGCUCCUAUGCAGAAGCUCUGAGAGAGGUCUCUGCAGCCAGGGAAGAAGUGCCGGGCCGACGUGGCUUUCCUGGUUACAUGUACACAGAUUUGGCCACUAUCUAUGAACGUGCUGGGCGAGUAGAAGGUCGAAAUGGGUCCAUUACCCAGAUUCCUAUUCUUACUAUGCCCAAUGAUGACAUUACUCACCCUAUCCCUGACUUGACGGGGUACAUUACUGAAGGCCAGAUCUAUGUAGACAGACAGCUGCACAAUAGGCAGAUUUACCCGCCUAUCAAUGUCCUUCCCUCUUUGUCUCGAUUGAUGAAAUCUGCUAUUGGAGAGGGGAUGACAAGAAAGGAUCAUGCUGAGGUUUCAAACCAGCUGUAUGCCUGCUAUGCCAUUGGGAAGGAUGUUCAAGCUAUGAAAGCUGUUGUAGGAGAGGAAGCACUUACUUCAGAUGAUCUUCUCUAUCUUGAAUUCCUGCAGAAAUUUGAAAGGAACUUUAUUGCUCAGGGGCCCUAUGAAAACCGCACUGUUUACGAGACCUUGGACAUUGGCUGGCAGCUGCUGCGUAUCUUCCCCAAGGAGAUGCUGAAGAGAAUCCCUCAGAGCACGCUGGCAGAGUUCUACCCUCGAGACUCCACUGCAAAGCACUAGUCACACCUUGAGCUCCACAAAACGCUGGGUUUUCUUCCCUUGUGUUGGUGUUUACUUGUCAUCCCUGUAAUUAAACCAAGAAUAAGUGACAUAUUUGUGCCAGUGUUCCUGAUGUUUUAAGCUGAUAACAGAGUUUAAAAUAUGCUCUUUCUCAAGCACCUGGAUCUUGAGUGGUUUACAGUUUUAUACAUGGGGGAAAUGGUCUGCCUUCACAAUCCUAAAUUUGAUUACUGGAUAAAAUAAUUCUUUAAUUAGUCUGGGAAGAAGAAAAUAUUUGAGACUGCAUUUGUGUUCAUUGGUCUAUGAAACAAAUAAUAGCCAUGGGAGGGGUGAUGUGAAGGAAGACCUCUGUUUAUCUUGGCCAUCCUGGUCCAUUCAAAUUUGUCACUCCUGGGCUGUUGCUUAGGACAGAAUAUAUUUAAUGCAGGCUUGUUGACAGGAAGAAGUAUGCACAGCAGAGCAGAAUAAUUGUAGUGGCAGGUCAGACUGCUAGAUCCCCCACUCCCCCAGCUUCAAUAAUGGCUGAGAAAUUUUACAACAAAGACCUUGCAAUGUUUGCACACCUUGGUGCUUGCUGAAUGACAGGUACAUGAUUCCUACCUCUUUUGUGAAUUUGGUCGGAGGGCCACUGCUGACUGGCUGGUCUUAACUGGCCAAUUUCACACUUGGCAUCCACACACCAGUGCAGGUGUGGACAUAAAUGUGAAACAGUAGCAGAAUAGGGACCUCACUCCCACUGUUUCCACUUUGGAAAGCAGAAUCGUUGGGACUGAAAAACUAUGCUGGUAGGAGGGCAGUGCUGGUAGCUACUGAAUUAUUUGAACAGUGUUAGUCUGCAUAAUAACCAGUCUGAGGGCAGACCAAUGCUGAAUGGGUCAAUGUUUGAGCAAAGUUGGGUAGCACCUAAUUGUAAUAUAAUCUGUUCCCUUAAGAGGUACACUAGUGGGGCCCUGCAAUUUGUUCAUCUUGGCAGGCUUGGACUGAAUGAGACAGAAAAAAAAGUGAAGGCAAACUGAAUAUGUGAAGGGAUAUUUUAAAUUCUGUUAUUAAGCAGCCCUUUGGGUAACACUGGGUUUUGAACCACGUCUGUUCUUGGGUUUGUUUUCAAACAACCUUCCAAAUGACAAGUUGGCUAGCCAUAUUAAACUGGAUGAGAAGAGGGGGGAAAAUAGAGUGGUAUUUUGGCAUGUGUGUCAUUGGCAGCCGAAUGCUUAUAUGGAAUGAACUUCAGUGGAAUUCAAAGCCCAGGGGCCAACAGGAUCUGUGUGUCUUUGCCUUGAUUUUGCUUUCCAGGCUAUUCCUUGGGGUCAAUCCCAGCAUUCCAGCUUCAGCGACCCAGCUUGCAAACUGUUGGCAGCAUCCAGGAUCACAACUGGGAGCUGCUCAGAGAAGUUUUUGAGGACUCAGGCUGCAUUGGUUCCAGCACCUCCCGUCUCGUAGCCCUCCAACGCUGUCUCCUAUGCAGAUCUUCUUUGUAUUGUUUUGCUCGAUGUGCUCUGUAUCUUGGGUUCAGUAGCCUUUUGUUUACUCUAGCGCAUUCCAUCAAAGUUGUGUCAAUUCUAUAUUUUUCUCUGGACAGAGGAGGGGGGAAUCAUGGGGAUGGGGAGAUAGCAUGAAAAUAUUUUAAUGUAGGAAACUGUGAUACCUGAAUUAAAUUAAACAUGACAAAUAAAUGUUAAACAAAGAGGGA